GAUCGUUGACUCAAACUAUUCAAUAGGCGUACUCACAAAGCAGAGGCAAAGAAAGAUGAAAGGAGUAGCUCUUUCCGCACCAGCCAAUUUCAAUAGCUACACCAAAAUCAACAACAGUCAAUUCAAACAACCCACCUUCAUCAUACCCACCAACCAAUUUCGAUUCAGCAGCCGAAAUCACCCAAGUAAAACAUACCCACUUCUCUCAGUCUCUGUAAAACAAUCCAAAUCCACUGAAACCCCGGUAACCCAGAAGCCUGAUUCGCCUCCUCUGGUGGUGGUUGGCUCAGCCAAUGCAGACAUCUAUGUCGAAAUUGACAGAUUGCCCAAAGAGGGAGAGACCAUUUCAGCCAAAAAUGGGCAGACGCUGGCAGGAGGGAAGGGGGCCAACCAGGCUGCAUGUGGGGGGAGGCUGUCAUACCCGACAUAUUUUGUGGGUCAGGUGGGGGAGGAUGCAAAUGGGAAGUUGAUCACUGAGGCCUUGAAGGGUGGUGGUGUUCGGCUGGAUUAUUUGAAGAAUGUGACUGGUGCGCCCACGGGGCAUGCCGUUGUGAUGCUGCAGUCUGAUGGGCAAAACUCCAUUAUCAUUGUAGGUGGCGCCAACAUGAAUUGUUGGCCUGAGAGGUUGUCCGAUGAGGACUUGGAGGUGGUGAGAAAUGGUGGCGCUAUUUUGCUUCAAAGGGAAAUUCCAGAUUCGGUUAAUAUUCAAGUUGCAAAGGCUGCAAGGAGUGCAGGUGUUCCUGUAAUUCUAGAUGCUGGUGGAAUGGAUGCACCCAUUCCUCAAGAACUGUUGGAUUUUGUUGAUAUUUUGAGCCCAAAUGAAACUGAACUUGGUCGUUUGACUGGAAUGCCAACAGAAAGUUUUGAACAGAUUAGUCAAGCUGUUGCAAAAUGCCACAAAUUGGGUGUGAAGCAAGCACUGGUUAAACUUGGGGAGAAAGGGUCAGCUUUAUUUGUUGAAGGAGAGAAACCAAUUACACAACCUAUCAUUCGAGCUGAAAGAGUCCUAGAUACUACUGGAGCUGGUGAUACUUUCACAGCAUCAUUUGCUGUGGCUCUGGUAGAGGGCAAGUCCAGAGAGCAAUGCCUGAGGUUUGCCGCGGCAGCAGCUUCUCUUUGCGUUCAAGUGAAGGGGGCCAUUCCUAGCAUGCCUGACAGGAAUUCGGUUUUGAAUCUUUUACAGUCUGUUCAAUCGUUUUCUUAUUGAUUGGACCUUAAGAGUGCAAGUUCAGUAAUACAUGUUAAUAAAAAAUCAGAGGCCGGGUUGUUUAAGUGCUUUACUUCAUACUCUGAGUAGGGAGAGACCGACGGAGGCCUUUCAGUUAUCUGAACAGGGUUAAACAUUGGGCAAUUGGUGCAUGUUUCUCCAAAAUUGUUGUGAUGAAGUAAAUUAUCAAAAAAAAAUUAUUAACGUAAUUUUUCACUUAAAAUUUUUAUUUUUAAAAAAUUAAUUUAAAUUUGGCCGUUAUUGUUAACUUUUUAUUAAGCUUCAAAAGCAAUAGUUUUAUACAAUUUAAUGGGUUGAAUUUUUGACAAUGGAAAAUUUUAGUUAAACUGCGUCAAAUAUAUAUAUAUAUUUUUUUGUGUGUGUGGUAGUUUACUUCAAUAUGACAAUUGUGGGGGACAAUUUGCAAAUUUGGCCUUAAACAUUGUGAUCUUUGAACUGGAUCUCAUUGGUGCCAUAGAGCCUCCAAGAAUAAGAGUUCCAUGUUUCCCCGGUGAAAUUCUUAUGCUCUUGCAAUAUUUCCAGUUGGAUUAUGAUUUGUGAGCUGAAGAAGUGGAGGUUGAAAAUUUCUGAUCAUGUGUGGGUGCCACAUGAUCAAAAUGUGUUUCACAUGAUAAACGGCUUAGAAAUUU